AUGGCAGGGAACAAAAAUGCCUCGGGGGAUAGCCAUGCCCCUAAGACAAAGAAACAGCCUCCUCCACCUCCCUUUUACAUUCCCCUCAACAUCGCCCUCUAUAUCUUCCUAGUUGCGAACUGCCUGGCCGCAAUCUUCGCUCCAAUUCAAGAUUGCGAUGAGGUGUUCAACUUCUGGGAGCCUGCGCAUUAUUUGCAGCAUGGAUAUGGUCUACAAACAUGGGAAUACUCACCAGUCUACUCCAUCCGCAGCUGGCUCUAUGUGUCGCUGCAUGCUAUUGUUGGGAAACUGGGGUCACUGAUUGUCCACAGCAAGACCGCUGAAUUCUACACAAUUCGACUGGCCCUUGCUUGUGUCUGCUCUGCUUGUCAAACUCGGCUGUAUGCUGCGAUCUGUCGCACUCUCAGCCCUCGCAUCGGUCUCUUGUUUGUGAUAGUUGUCACAUUCAGCCCGGGCAUGUUCCACGCGUCGACCGCCUUUCUACCAUCCACGUUCACCAUGUAUAUGUCAAUGCUUGGCUUGGCUGCAUUCCUGGACUGGAAAAAUGCCCAAAGAGCUGCGCAUGGCAUCUUCUGGUUUGGCCUUGGUACAAUCGUUGGAUGGCCUUUCGCGGGUGCUCUUAUUGUCCCUCUUCUGGCCGAGGAACUCAUCCUCACGCUUACCUCUGGGUCUUUCGUCAACCUUUUCUGGACCGUCGCCGACGGACUUGUUGGCUGCUUAGGCAUUCUGGCCGUUGAAGUCACCGUCGACUAUGCUUUCUUCCGAAAGUUUGUCCUCGUGCCUUGGAACAUUGUUGCUUAUAACAUCCUGGGGGGAGAAGGCAAAGGUCCUGACAUUUUCGGAACGGAGCCGUGGACUUUCUAUGUUCGGAACCUCCUACUCAACUUCAACGUGUGGUUCGUGCUCGCCUUGCUAUCUGCACCCCUUCUGGUGUUCCAGCUCGUAUUCCGAUCCCAUACCACCUCAUUGCAAACCUCAUUGCGCUCAAUGUCCUUGGUUGCCCCAUUCUACUUGUGGUUUGCAAUCUUCUCGCUCCAGCCUCACAAGGAAGAGCGCUUCAUGUACCCGGCAUACCCAUUCCUGGCACUGAGUGCUGCUCUAUCAUUCCAUAUCAUCUUGACGUAUCUUGGCUCCACUGACCGGAAGGAGCUUAUUGGACGGGUCCCAACCAAGCUCAAGAUCACUGCCGUUUUGUCGGUUGUCGCCAUUGCUUUGAACGCCGGGAUGCUGCGAACCCUUGGUAUGGUCACUGCAUACAACGCUCCAUUGAAAAUUUAUGAGCCCCUGCAGGAAGUAGAUGUCGCGACCAUGGGAGACACGGUAUGCUUUGGCAAAGAAUGGUAUCGAUUCCCCUCGUCAUACUUCCUCCCCCACGACAUGCGCGCACGGUUCAUCCGCAGCGAGUUCCGAGGAUUGCUCCCGGGUGAAUUCCCAGAUGCCCCUGGCUACCUUGAGCGUCUGAGUGGAGCUUCGCAGCUGCCAUCGGGCAUGAAUGAUCUCAACAUUGAGGAUCCCAGUAAAUACGUUGAUAUCUCCCAAUGUUCUUUCUUGGUCGACUCUCACUUCCCUGGUCACGAUGCGACCGAGCUUGAACCUCAUUAUGCCCUGGAUAAGGCAAACUGGGACACGCUAGCAUGCGCGAGCUUCCUUGAUGCAUCCCAUACCGGGCUGUUAGGCCGAUUAAUUUGGGUUCCUGAUAUACCAGGGAUCCCAGAUCGCUUCCGCCGCAAAUGGGGCGAAUACUGCCUUCUUCAGCGAACCGGCACAGGAAACAAUGUAUGA